AUAGACAUCACGCUCAUGAGCGUACUGAGGACAAAAGUGCAGCUGCAUUGUGUGCCAACUCUUAGUCAGUUUAUGGUACAAGCUUCUGAACAACAUAACCAUUAUAGGUCAUCGUGUCUCAAUCGAAACAGUUUUGUACAUUUCUAAAGAGUUUGUGUUGCAGAAGGAUCAUGGGCGCCAAAGGGUCAAAGAAGUCAAACAGGGCAACCGUGGACAAUGCUGACCCCGGAAGCGGUAUAGCAGGCAAUGGCCAGCGCGACGAAACGCCUUCAGGCGAUCCUAAGCCUUCGGUUGAGUCCGGGAAAGAUGCGGCUGUGAGCUCCACCGAAGCGGUUACGGCUGCCCAAGCGGUUGAGACGUCGAGUGCGCAGGAUCGAGCCUCGGGAGGUGCAGGCACGACUCCAGCUACGGAGUCCAGUAAGCAGGAAGCUACGACGGACAUUCUUGACACAACAGGGGGCUCAGGAAAAGUGGUUUUUCCAGCUCACUGGAUUGGUUUUCGCGAGAUAUUCGUACAGUAUAUUCCUGGUAAACCCUACACUCUCACCGAGUUCGGUGCCCAUCUUUACUCCUUUAAUGGACCGCAUGGACGCCAUGAGUUCAGGGCUAUCGACGGGUCAGGAUUGGCUAGAAAGGUUGGAUUGAGAAACCGUGACGUCCUUUUAUCCAUUAACAACCUAACCUCGGGUCUGACCAAUUCGAGUCCUCUGGCGAUUCUGGAAUGUUUGACGGACAUUGGACCCAACAUAGCCUUGGUGGUUGAGCGGAACGGAAACGAAACGUGGCUGUUUGCUUUCCAUCUAGACGAAGAAGGCAAUCGACCGAUCGUCAAGGAGCUCUUCACCCAUAAAUUCGACCAUCACAUCAGAACGUUUCCUUUUUCCGUGAUAAUUCCUCCCAAUGCUGCGUUCGAUGUUGCUGCACAGUAUACCUACGACUCUUCCACACCCGUCCAGAUAAUACUCAAAGAAGAUGACCAAUACAUGGAGAUCGAUACCGAUAAGGCGACCUUUGUGCCAGCAUCGCAAACUUUAACUCUGAACCUCUACGAAAGAAUUGACAAAAGGAAUGAGGUCGGCGACGGGGGCAUCCCCGUUGCCAUUUCGACACCGACGCCGCACUCCAACGUCGAGAAGGGCGCCGAGUCUGGAAGCUAUUGCCACGACCCAAUGUGCGUCGAAGGCGUCUCCGAAGGUCCUUUGGGUGUAGUUGUUUUUCCAUCCUGGAUGACGGAACCGAACACUGUGAUUCCACAGAAUAACAUGUUCUUCCUCACUAGUCUUGAUCCGACAGGUGAUGCUGUGUUCGAGGCUGCAAACACUCCACAAGAACUGUACAUGAUAUCAUCAGUCGAUAACCAAGACCCAAGCGUGUUGCUUGCUAGCCUUGGAAAAUCCAUCGCCGACUUCAGGGUAAUCCGCGUAGAUUCGGGAAGCCAGACGUCACUCAAGGACAUUUUUUUGAGGCUUGCAGAUUCAGAACAACGACCGGAAUCCUAGACUACAGCAAUGGUUUUUGACGUUGUCGACGAUCAAAUCGAAAUACAUCACAAGAAAGAGAUUAUGAUAGAGAGAAAAAAGGGGGAGGCGGGGAAAAUCAGAAAUGAAUAAAAUUUAUUGCACUUGUGUACCAUGGUGUGUGGAAAUAAUCAUACACUGUUAAAAACCCUGAAUUCACAGGGAGAAAAACAAAAAUUUGCAGAAAGCAAUAACAGACUCAUUCUGUAAAUUCAUAAAACAGGAUUUUUUUCUACAAUUCAACAGAACAGGUCUGUAUAAAAAGGGAAAAUGGUUUUUUAUUUAAGGAGAUUUUUUAAGGUUCCAACACCAAAUACCAAUAUCCUGUAAUUUUACAUAAUAUUAUGUAAGAUAACGCAAUCUGGUAAGAUUACAGGUGUUCU